AUGCCAGAUGCCAAUAAGACACCAGAUAGGAUGAGUACUCCGACAAUUACUAGUAAUUCAAUAGCACCAAAUGACAAAAUACCUGGGACAGAAAAAAAAUCGGAUACAGUCAGAACACCUAGAAUACCAUUAUUCACAUUUGCCAAAGGUAGAAACUAUUCCAGGCCGUCAACCACUACUCAUAACUCACCGGAUCAACCAACUGAUGCAAAACCUAAUCUCCAUAAACAGUUUCAACAUUCAAAGUCCUCACCAUUGAAAAGGAAUAAUUAUAACUCCUUUUCUCAUUCAAAUCUGGAAAAGAUAAGUAAUAGCAAGCUACUUUCCCUUCUUCGAUCUAAGACGUCAGCAGGAAGAAUUGAAUCGAAGAGUUCUUCACACAGCGUUAGCAAGACUCUACCAACUUUCGAACAAGCAUCAUCGCCUUCGUAUGUGAAGCAACAAACAUUUAGCUUGAAUACUAAACCUGAACAUACUAUAGUUCCCAUAUCAAAAACCAGAAAUAAUAACUCGUUUUUAUCAGGAGUCAGGAGCUUGUUAAAUGAAGAGGGGAUAAAAAAUCAUAGUAAAGAAGUUUUAAACACAGACCUGGUAAAUGCCCAAUCCAUUUAUGAGAAGUCACCGAAGAAGGAAUUAACAAAUAUCGGCACAACCAUGGUUUCUAUUACCAAGAACAAGAUUCUCACGGAAGAUCACGACGUAGAGGAAGGGAAAAAGAAGUUAGACAAAAGUGGAAAGCUCGCUAGUCUCAAUGCUCUAUCAACUAUGAACGUUAAUGCCAGCGAUGCACCUCCAUUACCAGAAAAGAGGAAUUCAAGGAGCCUUGAAAAUGCGAAACUAAUUACCACAUGCUCAAAAGAUUUUGGAACAGAUAGGGACUCUACUUAUAAGGGCUCAGAAAUAAGUCGAGAAAAACUAGGAAAGCAUGUGAUAAAUAAUGCGCCUCAAUCAACCUUAGGUGCUGAUGAGAAAAUGAUUACGACAGAAACUCAAACACCGAAAAAAGCAUCUCCAUCUUCGAAGAGAUUCUCCAUCGAUCAAAAUAAAACAUCAUUAUCGUGUGAAAUAACAGAAAAAUCAUUCAAAUAUGGGCUUGCAAAGGCAAUACAAGAAAGGAAAGAAAAUGCCGACUUCAAAAGGAUGGAAAUUCUAAAGUCACCUCAAUUGUCGAAAAAUGUAGUUGACAAGUCUCAAGGAUGCGAAAACAACCAAGACUUGUCAAUUGAAGGCAAAACUGAUGAGCUCCCUUCUCCUACUGAAUAUGAGGACAAAAAAAGCAAAUCUAAUCUUGAUUCUGAAAGUAUAGAAAAAAAAAUUGCUGUGGAUAUUCCAUCUAACAAUGAAAUUGGCGGAAUUGACGAAGGCAAAAGGGAGGUGCCUGUAAUUAAGAACAAUGGAACUACCUCAAAAAAAUCAACCAAAGAAGCAGCUAAACAGAUAAUACAUACCGAGCAUAUGAACAGUAGAAAAGUGCUUCAAAACUCUCCGGAAGAAUCCCAAGUUAUUUCGAUGAAUAAAGCCCCUAAAAUUACCCCAUCGAAAAGGGCUCAGCUAGAGGAUUUACUUAAUUCAUCAAAGAAGCGUAAGCGUAAUACUUCAAAGAGUACAAUAGAUACUUCUAAGCGAUCAGAAACAGAGGAAGUCACCCUAGAUAUAUCCAAAACAAUAGAGUCAACCGAAAAAAUCAAAGUAGGUAUGCAGAAUGUUUUGAAUAAAUCACAAGACAGUACUUCCUCUCCUACACAAAUCAUAACACAACAAAAUGAUACCGAAAAAAGGGCUGUGUCUUUUCAGUCUGAAUCUGUUUCAUUCAAAUCUCCAGAAACUAGUCGAAAACAAGAUACUCCAAUAUUUACACCAGUUUCAAAGGCUGUUGAAAACAAGUCUUUACUAGACUUAUUCUCAAACGUAUUCAAGACCUCUUUUGUUAAAAGUGAAAACAAACCUCCAAUCAGUAAAGCUACGCAUACGUUCGUAGAAAAGGCCAGUAAUUUGGAACAAAAAGUUUCCAUGGAAAGGUCAGGAAACAUCAUUGAUAAAAUGCCUCUAUCUCAACCAGUUAGUGGCAGUAAGCCUGAGUAUGACAAUGAUUUUCAAAUUUCUCUAUCUCAGCCUUUGAAGAAGUCUUUUGCGAGUCCUACCAAAGACAAUCAGAUCAAAGAAGAUAAGUUUUACUGCGGAAGAAUGGACACGAUAAUAUCUCACCCAGGAAAGAUGGAGCUUAUUUACGUAUCUAACUCAGAUAAUACUUCUUCUGAGAAUGAUAGUCUGAGUGAUUUGGAGAGUUUGAGUUCUCGUGAAUCAAAUGAAAUCAAAGUAGCAGAUAAUCUCAAUACGACCGCGGAGAAGAGCAAAAUUCAAGCAAGUAAACUUCUUGACCCUGUAUUGGACUGGCGAAAGUGUGACCGCGAAUUAACUAAAAACAUCCUUUGGAGGCUAGCCGAUAAGACAAUCUACGACAAGAAAACAAUCAGUGAUCUUAUUGAACAAGGUAUACCUAGACACAACUAUUUAAAUGAUAACCCCUUGACUAGUGUGACUAAUGACAUCUGCUCAGUUGAGAACUACGAAACGUCAAACGCUUUCUUUUACCAGCAAGUGCACAAGAAGGAUAGAUUACAAUAUUUACCACUAUAUGGCGUUUCAACAGUAGAAGGUUCAAAUAACACUAAAACAAAAGAUUUGACCAAUAAUAAUAUUAGUACCGGGAAAAUAAACCACAAACAAAGUUUUUCUUCUACUGAAACAUCUCAAAUUCCAGCCAUAUCAUCUCCAUUAGGCUCCGAAGCAGUGGAUACUCCAAUAAAGCAAAGCACUACAUCUACUACUAAAAAUGAUGAUAUGAUACAUCAUAAUAAUAUGAAUCAUAGUAAACUUAACAACACUAAGGAAAAUCUUUCGAAAAGUUCAUGGAGACAAGAGUGGUUAACAAAUUUGAAACUUAUUUCUGUUUCACUUAUUGAUGAGUUCCCUUCAAAUGUUUCUCGCAGCGAUAGGCAAACUAUAAAUGACAAUAUGCAGAUUCUCAGAGAUAUAUUUGUUAACAAGUUUAAAUCAGCCAUUUCAAACAACUUUAGAGAAUGCGACAUUAUUAUACUGAAAGGUGAAAUAGAGGAUUAUCCAGGGAAUUCUGAAGUCAAAAUCCUUUACAACCAAAUGCAGGGCAAGACUGGGCCAAGAAGGCCCAGGUUUUGGUCAUUAACGAAGACACAGAAAUUUAUUUCCAACAUGGGAUUUGAAAUCAAUAAGCCGCAUAAGCCUGUCUCUCAGUUGAACGCUAUAAAAUCACAUGAAGUUGUGCCACAGCAAGUGAUAGAUGACAAAUUUGUAUCAAAAGAUGAGGCACCACGAUUGAAAGAAAAACAGCCACUGGUCAAAAAAAUAACAGCCUCUCUCUCGUCCAAUGCCAAAUCUCCAAUUCAGAAAAAUGCAACAAUAGCGAAAAUGUUGCCAGAAGAGAAGCAAAUCAACAAUAUUUCUAAUUAUAAGGAAGGUGAACUAGCUAUUGAGAACGAUAAGGUGACAUCAAAAAGUGUUUCACUGUUUUCCCCAAGUUCUGAAUUUCAUGACCGUCGUAAUGUUGAAGAUAAUCGAGUCAUUUCGACCGACGGCAUCACAGACAGCAGUAUAACAGAUAGUUUAAGCAGUGCUGAUAGUGUAGGGACUCAACCACCAACUAGUUCGUAUCCAACAAAUACUUUAAUAUCGAAUCAAAAGAGAGAAAAUGAAGCUGGUGAUAAGUAUACUAAAAUUGAAAGAUCUGGAAACAUGGAAGAAGAUAGUCUUUCCUUUGUGGAUAUUGCUUUAUCGAGAACAGCGUCAAUACUGGAUGAAAAGGAGAAACAACUAACUAUUGCGAAUGACAUCAUUCGCUCUUUGUCGGAUGAAAUCAUGAGAGAUGAAAUCAAAAUAACUUCACUUCGAGGGGAUUUAAUUUUUACGAAGAGAUGUCUUGAAAAUGCCAGAAACCAAAUAUCUGAGAAAGAUUCCAGGAUUAAUAAAUUGAUACAAAGGAUCCUGAAGAAAAGAAGGAGAUAA